UUCAUUCUUCACUGUUAUGGUUCAUUUGGUUGUUCAUCUUAUUGAAGAAGUUAAGCUUGGAGGUCCUGUUCAUUAUCGGUGGAUGUAUCCUAUAGAAAGGUACUUAGGACAUUUGAAAUCUUUUGUACGCAAUAAAGCACGACCAGAAGGGUCCAUUGCAGAAGGAUACCUCAUGGAAGAGAUAUUGACAUAUUGUUCAAGGUAUCUAGAUGACAUUGAGACUAAAUGGAAUCGAAUUGGUCGUGUAGAUGAUGAGGCUUUUAAGGAUACACAACCUAAAUCACGAGUAGCCAAAUUAUUUCCUCGUGUUGGAAAACCAAUUGGUGCCUCUUCAUAUUACACACUUACACCAAUGGAAAAACUACAAGCUCAUAGACAUGUGUUAACAAAUUGCCCUCUAGUUGAUUCAUAUCUUCAGCAAUAUAGAAGCAUUGUAUGAAGACAACUAAGGGGUGGUGCAAGGAGUACUGUUCAGGUUGAUAAGAAGGUUCACAGAGAGUUUAUUCCUUG